AUGAGUCCGUUCAUAGACGCAGCUGGGACAUCGCUGGCAUCAGAUGGGGAGGUCCCACAGACUGGCGUAUCGACAGAGAUCCCAAUAUACACGAAUCAUCACAGUACGACGACCAAGACCAACGGGACUGCACCCGACUCCCACGCGAUUCCGUUGAACACUGACUAUGCGUACACGCCUCGCAAGAUCAGGGUUGUAACCAUUGGCGCUGGGUUCUCUGGACUUUUGAUUGCCCAUAAAUUCCAGCAUCGAUUCCCGGAGCUCCGAGAUAUAGUCGACCAUACGAUCUUCGAAGCCAAAAGCGAUGUGGGUGGAACAUGGCUGAUGAAUGAUUACCCGGGUGUGCAAUGCGAUGUGCCCAGUCAUAUCUAUGCGUUUCCCUUCGAUCCGAAUCCAAACUGGUCGAGAUUCUACUCCAGCGGAGCAGAGAUUGAGGACUACAUCAAACGUACGGCGAAGAAAUGGAACCUGGAUCGCGAUGUGCAACUCAAUACCAAAGUGGUAGGAGCGCAUUGGAUUGAGAGCAAAGCGGAAUGGAAGAUUACUGUUGAGCAUCAGGGUGAGCAAAGGGAUGAGUUCUGUGAUGUUUUGAUCUCGAGUCAAGGCGUGCUCACCCAUCCCUCUUGGCCAUCAAUUCCUGGAAUAGACAAAUUCAAGGGCCAUACAACACAUUCGGCUCUGUGGGAUCAUGACUUUGAUUAUUCGAACAAGCGUAUUGCGGUGAUAGGGAAUGGUUCUUCCGGAAUUCAGAUCGUCCCUCAAAUGCAGAAGCUUCCCGGCACGACAGUACGGAACUUCAUCAGAGGACCGGCGUGGGUCUACUAUCGAUUGCCUCCGUCACGACAUUUGGGUAGAGAGGUCGAUGAUCCAAAUCCUCCAUACCUUGAAGAGGAGAUUCAGAGAUGGCAAGAUCCAGUGGAGCACAACAAGUAUCGAAAAGGAAUAAUCGACCGAACCAAUAAAGCUUUCCGACUGUUCCUAAAAGGCGAGAAUAACAGCAACGCCGUCAAGCUCGCAACAGAACAGAUGCGAGAAAAGCUCAACCACGAUCCCGACCUCUGCGAAAAACUGAUCCCAAAAUGGGAACUCGGCUGCAGAAGAGUAACCCCAGGACCAGGCUACCUCGAAUCCUUCUCCCAACCCAACUGCACCCUAACCAACAGCCCCAUAACCGAAAUCACAGAAACCGGCAUCCUCACCGCCGACGGCGACAUUUUCCCCUGCGACGUGAUCAUCUACGCCACAGGCUUCGACGUCUCGCAUCGCCCUCGCUACCCCCUCAUCGGCCAAAACGGCACCAACCUGCGCGAAAAAUGGAAAGAAGAACCCGAAUCCUACCUCUCCAUCGCCGUCGACUCCUUCCCAAACUACUUCAUGAUGAUGGGCCCCAACUGUCUCGGCGGACACGGAAGCCUCGUCGAAUCCCUCAACUGGACGGGCGACUACUUUGCGCGAAUGAUCCGAAAAAUCUCGACCGAGGAUAUAAAAUUCGUGGUCCCGAAGGCUGAGGCCGUGGAUGCUUUUGUCAAGUACGGGGAUGAGGUGCAUAAGACUUUGGCGUGGACGGGGGCGUGUAAGAGUUGGUAUAAACGUAAUCGUGUGGAUGGGAGGGUGACGGCGUUGUUUGGGGGUAGUGCGGUGCUUUUUCAUCGGUUGAUGCGAGAGAUUCGCAUGGAGGAUUAUGAGGUUGUUUAUAAUAGCCGGAAUCCUUUUCGGUUUAUGGGGAAUGGGUUUUUGGAGUGGGAGAUGCGGCCCGAUAGUGAUUUGUCUUGGUAUGUGGAGGUUGUGGAUCGGGAGCCGAAGAUUGAGGAGACGAUGGAGAAUGGUGGUUUGAGGGUUGGGGCUAAUGAGGGGUAUGAUUUGAUGUAG